CCCGCCCCUAGAUCCUUUGUGACGUCACAAGGCGGAAGUGGCCCUGUCAGUUUCAAAGUGAAUCUCCCGCCCUCUGGCCGACUCUUCAUCCUGGGAGGGAGACAGAGAUGGGAGGAGGGGAAAUUGGUCACUUGUAGCAACUGGAGUGAAUGCAGGGAGGGAGCUGCCUCCGCAAACUCAGAGUAUUUGAAAAUCGGAAGACUGAAGUUUCAAAAUCAACGGAUGAAGGGCUUAUGCCCGAAACAUUGACCCUCCUGCUCCUCGGAUGCAGCCUGACCUGCUGUCCUUUUCCAGCGCCACAUUUUUCGACUGACUGUCCAGCAUCUGCAGUCCUCACUUUGAUGUCAAUGUCUGACAGUCACUCAAUCCAUCGGGACCGCAACGAUUUUUGACUGUGAUUUCUGUGAGAAGGAUCAACGCUUUUUGGUUCCUGUUUGAGGAUGUUUUCAGCAUCAGUGGGACUGGACGAGAGACCCCACUGUUGCAGUGCACUGUGCGUGGAGCCUGAAACAGGAAUACGGCCUGGGAAGGCAUUUCACGGCAGGGAGGGGCUCAACACGUGUUUGUAUGCAGCUGACGCUGUGGCCAUGCAGAAAUCUGAGGAAUCCCACCCCGUGGACAAACGAUGGAAGUGUGGUGACUGUGGGAAAGCCUUCCGUUUCCCGUCUGUCCUGGAGACUCAUCGGCGCAGUCACACCGGGGAGAGGCCAUUCCCCUGCACCGACUGCGGGAAGUCCUUCAGCACAUCCUCCCACCUGCUGACCCACCAGCGGAUCCACACGGGGGAGAGGCCGUUCACCUGCUCUCAGUGCGGGAAGGGCUUCAGGUAUUCCGCCCAUCAGCUGAUCCACCGGCGGGUCCACACGGGGGAGAGGCCCUUCAGUUGCCCCGAGUGCGGGAAGUGCUUCAGCACUUCUUGGAAUCUGCUGACCCACCAGCAUGUCCACACGGGGGAGAGGCCGUUCACCUGCUCUCAGUGCGGGAAGGGCUUCACCUGCUCCUCCAACCUGCAGAGCCACCAGCGG